AUGAGCUUAAAGGAAGAAAACGACUCAAAGAAGGAAAAGGAGCCCAAGAAGACUGCCAAGGAGUCCAAGAAAGAAACCCCCAAAGCCGCAGAGCAAAACAAAAACAAUGAUCAGUCCACGAUUAAUCUCUUUACAGCCAAGAAAGCGGACACCAGCAAGAAAGAGAAGCCAGAAGUUAAGACUGCGGAGAAAGGCAAGAAGAAAGAUCAAAACACCAACGAUUCCAAGCCAAAAGAAGCUCCCAAAAAGGAUACACCAAAAACCUUAGGGAAGCCAAAGAAGGAGGAAUCAGUAGAAAAGAGCAACAAAGAAGAAAAGUCCCAGAAAGAAAAAGAAGAAGACUCACCUGCCGCCAGUAAUCAAAAAGAAACAACCAGGAAGAGUAAAGGCAAAAAACAGAAGGAGGAGGUCAACCAGAAGGAAGAAAACGACUCAAGGAAGGAAAAGGACCCCAAGAAGACUACCAAGAAGUUCAACAUUCGACGCAAGCGUUACAUAGGAAUUGGCAAUAACACAACAGACAUACGGAUACAUAAUGUUGUCUAUAACAGAGGCUCUUUCCAGUAUACGGCCCUUUGUAGAGAAACUGACUCACAUUAUUGGCGUUGUUUAACAGAUAACAUGAAGAAGAGGACACUAAGGGAUCGCUAA